AUGGGAAAGUCAGUACCGGUGAUCGAUCUGGACGACGUUGGCGACGAGCGGCAGCUGGCGCAGGUGGUGCGAACUGUUUUGGGUACUGGGGAUGCUUUUCUGCUGAAGAACUACGCGAACUACGCACAGCUGCGCGGAUGGGUGCAGGAGAUGGCAGGGACGGCGCCCGAUGAGAUGGCAGAGUUCGAUGCAAGCUUCACAGGGGUGGAUGUAGAGGAGGGCGUGGCCAUUGAGCGCUACAUGUGGGAUUCGGGCGGGGGGCAGGGAGCGCGCCAGUGCGAGAGCGCACUGCUGCUGAAGAUCCGCGCAAGGCUGCUGAAGGUGGCGCUGUACUUUGGCCAUCUGUGCGCGGACGCGGUCGGCGGUGCAGACUUGGCGGUGGACGGGGACCGCAAUAGCCAUGAGCUGGUCCGAUACUACGAUGGCGCAGAGGGCGCAGCAGCUCUGCCUGGGCUUGCGUUCGACUACCAGAAGUCUUUCGCGUCAUUCCACAGCGAGGGCCUGAUCUCUGUGUUUCCUGUGGCGCGGGACGUGAAGGUUCGGCGGUACAGCGAGUGGGUGAAGGUGGAAGCGGAUGACUGCCUGCUGGUGCACACGGGGCGUCUGUUGGAACACUUAUCGGGUGGGCAGCACAGUACACACGCAAUACAAAUACCGAUGCACUCACAGAUGGUUCAUUUAACUCUUUCUCCUCCGCUAGACUAUCGGGUAGGCGGUGCGCCCCUCGGUCAGAAGAUGCUGGAGAUGCAUAUUGACCGGUUUCCGCGCACAGCCAGCAAAUUCUAUGCCCCGGAGAUGGCGCGUAUUAAGGUACGGAAGGCACUCACUGCAUUAAAACGGCUGUUUUCCGUGACAGAGUCGGUGCUGAGCAUGUAUAGGAUGAACCAUCCAACGGCUGAAUACAUAUCUAUAGACCGCUUGCUGCCCCAGCUUAGCACAAUGGCCAAACGCAAGAUUAGCAGCGCUGAUAUUCUUCGGAUAAUGUACAUCUGGAACGACGCUUACGCAGUACGAACAGAAGGUAGGGCGUUGGAUAGCAUUCGUCUACCACAGGGUCGGUUAAUGGCUGAUACUCGCAGAAAGGAACUUUUUGCCGAACGUGCUGACAGGUGGCUUGAGGACGCUCUGGACAUGUCUACUGGCAUUCUUGAAGACAUUCCCAUUUACCAGCUUGCGGACCAGGUCCCACAAAAUCCAAAGAAGGACCGUCUGCGGAAUCCGAUCUUACCUACUCAUUUGAACGUGGCGAGUGUAAAAGGAAUAGCGAAGAAGCGAGCGAGCCCUAAUGUUAAUUCAGCGGCUUUGCUGGACCGCAUUCGGUCCAAAGAGCUGAAGGCGACCGAACUACUAGCACAACGUGAGGCGAACACUCAACUGUUUCUAAAAACCAAAAUGAAACAGGUCUUUGAUAUUUUGCUGACGUUGCAGGUUCAGAAGCCAUACACACUGCCAUACUUACGAGAUCUACUUGUGGACUCGCUCCGAGAUUCCAAUAACCCAAUUGGCGAUAAGGAGGUGGAAGUCGUGCUUGAAAGCAUCCAAACGCUUCUCAAUGAUAUCAUUACGGUUUCCACAAUUGGGUCAGAGUUAAAAGUAUAUAAAUGGAAAUCUCUUGAUAAGGACGAAUUCUUGGGCCGGUUAUAUUGA